AUGCCGGUUGACAAAAAGGCAAUCAAAACUGGGGAGGUGGUCACCAUUCGCGACAGCCAGGGUGACCACCAGGGCACAGUUCUAUUCCACACAUCAUCAGAUCUCAUCAAGCAGCUGGAGGCCUUUGUGGGUCUGAAAACACUCAAGGAGCAGAUGGCCAUGUUUGCCAAGGGCAUCUUCAUGCAGCGGAGAGUGGGCCGCAGUGCAGACAUGGGGGGGGGGGGGGCUGCACAUGAAGGUUUCCUCUACAAACUGGGGAUAACCAAGAAGACAGAACCUGUUGUGGUCCAACGGGGGGACCUGGUGAGCAAGUACAUCGGUCAGACUACCGAAAUGACACGAAGGAAGAUUAACCAGAGCAAGGGUGGAGUCAUGCUUGUGGACGAGGCCUACCGGCUACAGCAGACAGACUCGUCAUCCAGGGACGUUGGCCGGGAAGCCCUCGAGGAGAUCAUGAGUGUCAUGGAGGAUGGUGAUCCCAUCAUGAUUUUCGCAGGCUAUCCCGCGUUAUCUGUUAAUCCAGGAAUGAAGUCAAGGAUAGCCUACACUUUCCCUUUCCCUGACUUCAGUGUUGAGGAACUGGCCAACAUCAUCAAUGUCGAGUGGCACUCAUCACCACCUUAA